AUGUGGAGACACCUGGGGAAGGUGACAGUUCAUGUUCCUCUCCAGCCCAUCAGCCAGCAAAGGGUUCACUGGAAAUCUGUGUUUCAUCCUGGCUCAGGUGCUGCCCCUCAGACGCCUUAUGGAGAACUGGGAGGGCUGGGAUGGUGUCGGGGUGGAGCGGGGAGAGCAGCAGUGUGGUGGGAGAGUGUUGGCAGUGCCCUUGACAGUGGUGCAGAUAAGAAGCUGUUUGAGGUGAAGCGCAAGGACCAGAUGAAUGCUCUGAAGAACUUGAUUGAGCUCAAUGACGUCAACCAGCAGUACAAAAUCAUUGACAUCAUGCUCAAGGGACUCUUCAAAGUGCUGGAGGAUUCCCGUGCUGUGCUAAUCGCUGCUGAUGUGCCUCCUGAUGGGCCCUUCCCUCAGGAUGAGAAGAUAAAGGAUGCGUACUCCCACGUGGUGGAGAACACCGCUUUCUUCGGGGACGUCGUCCUGCGCUUCCCCAAGAUUGUGCACCACUACUUCGACCGCAACUCCAACUGGAACAGCCUCAUCCGCUGGGGCAUCGGCUUCUGCAACCUGACGGGUGUGUUCGAGCAGGGGCCCCACUCGCAGGUCCUGCGGCUGAUGGCUCAGGAGCUAGGAAUCAGUGAGAAAUCUCCCGAUUACCGCAAUCCCUUUAAAACGGACCAGUCAGAGUUUUUCCCCAGUGCUGACACCUUUCAGAAGGCGCUGCGGGAUGAGGAGAAGAGGAGGAAGAAGGAAGAGAAGCGGAAGGAGAUCCGCAAGGGCCCACGCAUCUCCCGCUCACAGUCGGAGCUGUAGCAUGCUGGGACUUGGUGCCUUGCAGUGGGGGUGACACCACUGGGACACAGAGUGGCUCGCUCCCUUCUCGGCAGCCUUGGGCCGGUGCCUGGCCAUUCCCUUUCCAUUUGUGCUGUGGGUUUUGUUUUGUUGCCUCUCGUUUUUGUUCAGUGGAGGUUGGGUGGUGGUGCUGGUGGGUUGCCCCAAAGGGGCUAAAUUGGGAUACCCUUUCCGCAGAGGUAAAGCACAGACAUGACAGCACCGGGGCCAUCCGCUGGUCAGGGUGUUGGUGCCUGUGGGGAAGUAAAGGACAUGCCUCUGGUAGAGCCCAGGGAUCCCUCCUGACUGCAGCACACCCCACGCUGAACGUGCCUCCUCCAGCACGGGUGGGCUGGGAGAUGCGUCACACCAAACAGCCUCAUGAGCAAUGCUGCUUCUCUCAGUUUUGCUUUUCGUUUUGUUAAAAGGGUGAUCUCAUUGGCACCCCCCACUGGGUUCUACCUGGUCUCUGCACAGCUGCUACCUCUGCCAGAUCGGACCUCCCCUUUUCCCAGCGGCUGUUUCACCGAGCAGCACGCCUUUUAUUGUCCAGACAUAAUUGAAAAUGCCGAUGGCAGCUGUUCCUGGCCAAUGGCAUCCCGUGGCCACCACAGGUCAUUCCCAAAGACAGGCAAAUGCCCGGUGAAUUUUUGGACAGGAGGAAUUUCGGUACUUGGCCUCUUUGCAGCCAGUGGGUUGCUGUAGUGCAAGCAGUGCUGAUGCUGAAGAUGCUGGGGAGCCAGCCCCGGGCCUCUGAGAGCUUGUCCUGCAGCCCGUGCCCCAUCCCUUCUCUGUGGGGCUCAUCCUCUCUAAAUGAGUCCCCGAAGCCCCUUGUCAGGGGACAGCCGGACGAGGGCAUGAGGUGAUCGCAGGGCCGAAGUAGGGAGGGAGCCACCCGAGGGGCUGCGACCGUCCCGCCGUGGGGGAGAGGUGAGGGGCUGGUGGCAGCACCCGGCACGGCCGCGCUGUGAUUCCCGCCCUGUGCCGAUGGCAGCACCAGGGCAGCUCCUUCCCCGAGAGCGGCUGCUCUGUGCCGCCUGGCGGCACCGCAGCCUUUGAGGAAAGGGAAACGGCCCCGAU